AUGCUGGCGGGCUCAGCAAUUGUCGGCUUUGUGUGGAUGCUGACUGCCAUCUCGGGCGGCAUCGUCGUCGCUAGAAGUGUUUUGAAAUCUGUGCGAUUCCACAGUCUGGCAUGGGAAGACUAUUUGAUGAUCAUCUCAAUGGCUCUAGCCGUUGCUUAUGCGACAUCUGCUACUUUGUUAUACGAUCUUGGCCUAAAACAACACACUGCAUUCUACUCGCCAAAGUUCGCAGAGUUCCUCUACAUCUGCCAUGCCAUCGGCUUUAUGGCGCCGUUGUUCAGUCGCAUCUCGUUCUGUCUGUAUAUGCUGCGCGUCCUUAGCACGACCUCUGCCUCGAGGAAAUGCACCAUCUACGUCUUCAUCGCACUACAACUCGCCGUCAACGUACCCAUCACGAUCUUUGUCUUCACGCAAUGCGGUAACUUCACGAACUUGUGGGAGCAUGGAAUCAUGGAACCCUCGUCUUCAUGCGUCCGCCAUGACAUCAUCAAGGCCCUGGCUUUAGUGGCUGUAGUCUUCAACGCUGCUACGGAUCUAUACUUGACUAUCCUUCCCGCGGUUGUGAUCUGGACUAUCAAGGUCAUGACCUAUCGCGCUCGCGUCGGUCUUGCCGCGACCUUGGGAUUGUCAUUCUUCGCCACUAUCGCCAGUGUAAUCAAGAUCUGGUGUGUAUAUGAUUUAUACACCUACGCACCUUCCCUACAAACAGUAGGGAAAUUAAUUAUGGUUAUGGGUGCCGAGAUCAAUGUGGUCGUCAUCGCCGCAUCUAUUCCAGUUCUGGCGCCAUUUUUCUUGCAGAAGAGUGGAAGGAGUCGAAAAGGAAUGUACAAGGAGCCUGAAUUGGCGAGUUAUGAUACCGGUGCCCAGAGCGCUGCCCCGAAGGACAUCUCGCUCCAGUCGAGCAGCACUUUCGGCAAUGCUUCGAACAACACCUCCAAUGGGUUCCUGCAUGGCAAGAGUGCCAAGGUCACCGUACGGACAACGGAGGUGCCUGUGAAGGAGGAAGACGAUAUGUAA